UGUGCCCCAGGGACCAGUGGGUGGUUAUAUCACCAGCUGCCAGAGCAGAGGAGGUGGUGGCUGGAAGGCUCAGACCAGCUUGAGAAGUCUGCAGCUAUACUGGGAGCCAGACCCCACCACCCACUGCCCAGGGAACAAGGGGACAGUGUCAGGUGAGGCCCAGGGAGGGGUCUCAGCAGGUGCAGUGGUCAUGGCGAGGGCAGGACACCCCUGGAAGUGGACAAUGGCCACCCUGAUCGCAAGCCUGGUUCUGGGGGUCUCAGAGCCUGUUCUUGCCGACGACGGUUCCUCCUGUGACAACCCCUCUGCCACCCAGCCCUCUGGGAAGAACAGAGACGUCAGCACGGAAUCCGAGUCAGGGGAGGACAGCCGUUCAGAUAGCAGCUCUCGGAUUGUGAAUGGGUCAGAUUGCAAAAGGGACGCAGAGCCGUGGCAGGGGGCCCUGCUGCUCGGGCCCAACAAGCUGUACUGUGGGGCCGUACUGAUCAGCCCGCAGUGGCUGCUCACGGCAGCACACUGCAGAAAGCCAGUGUUCAGAAUCCGUCUGGGCCACCAUUCCAUGUCACCUGUCUAUGAAUCUGGGCAGCAGAUGUUUCAGGGAAUCAAAUCCAUCCCCCACCCUGAUUACUCCCACCCUGGCCACUCCAAUGAUCUGAUGCUCAUCAAGAUGAACAGAAAGAUCCGUGACUCUCACUCAGUGAAGCCCAUCAAAAUUGCUUCCGACUGUCCCGUGGAGGGGACCAGGUGCAUGGUGUCAGGCUGGGGGACAACAAGCAGCAGCCAGAAGAACUUCCCCAAAGUCCUCCAGUGCCUGAAUAUCACUGUGCUGAGUGAGGAGAGGUGUCAAAAAUCUUACCCAGGACAGAUAGACAAGACCAUGUUCUGUGCUGGUGACGAAGCGGGCAGAGACUCCUGCCAGGGUGACUCCGGGGGACCUGUGAUCUGCAAUGGCCAGCUGCAGGGCCUUGUGUCUUGGGGUGAUUACCCCUGUGCCCAGCCCAACAGGCCAGGUGUCUAUACCAACCUUUGCAAGUUCCAUAAUUGGAUUGAGAACACCAUAAAGUGCAACUAAUGAGCUACACCAGGAACCAUUAAGCCAGCAACACCCCACUGCAAUAAGGAGCACUGUCCCUUUUUGAGGAUGCAGAAGAUAGAUGCCAGUCUCUCUGGGCCUUGCCCCAUGUCUCCUGGCAGCAAGGUCCCCGUCCACAAUGGUGGACUGGACCCAUUUCUAUAGCCAGGCCCAAAGGACACUUCCUGGAAUGACUAGGGUUGAGUUAAAACCCAUCGCUAACUAUGGACCAUCCACAAACCCAGAGCUGAGCCUUUUCUGCAGUCACAAACCAGAUUUUGACCCCAAAAUAAAAGAACAUGGGAAGAA